CGACUAAAAUGUUCCGAGAGAAAGACGUUUCGACACGACUCAUUCGACCGACUAUCACUGAAAUUCACGUGGAUAAACUUGCACUUUUUGUGGAAAGAUGGAAUCACGAUUGGGAAAUUGAUGCAAGUAUUAAGAUUUUCGACGAAGGAAUUGCACAAUACAUGCUGACUGAUGUUGAAUCACAUUACAAAUAUUUCGCGGCAUUAAUCCUAUCCAAACCAAGUUUGCGGUGCCGAAUUGUUAAAGAAGAGCCAAGAGAUGAGUUGGAAGAACAGGAGAACCGAAUUAUUUUGCUCGGCGGAGAAAAGCUGAAUACAGAAAGCCACGGAAGUAUCGAAUUUCUAAAAAAUGUACUGCACAAACGUGGAUAUCGAUUCGAAUAACGACAAUUAUACAUGUUCCCCAAUACACUGAUGAAUAACUAAUGCACGUCUCUUGUCUGUACCCUCCUCAAUUUGCACCCCCACAAUGUUUUAUUGAUUAAAAAAAAGAAUUGUUGAGAAC